UUUAAUGCUGUUUUAGAACUAUGUGUUUGAGUGAGUUUGUGAUAAAUUGUGUCGUUUGUAUACAAACUAUUUAGAUACAAUUGUAUUCGUUGAAAAUAUUGCAUUUACAACUGCCAUCUAUCACAUUAUUGAGUGAAACACGGUAAACAGUAUUUAAAAGCCUUUAAAAAAAGUUAGGCGUUGAAGAAUGCUUAGACGGAAAGGCAGGAAAACAGUUCCCAGCCAACUGAUGCGCGAAAGUUCAACUUCAAGCUCGGUGCCCGACGAAUCUGGACUUGAUGAUACGAACAGUCUUAACGCAAAGCUCAAGUUUACACAGUAUUUAAAUCAAGGUGUAUCAUUUAAGACCGAUGAACCCCUGGCAACUGCUUAUUUCAGAAACGUGGCGUGUGAGAGAAACAAAAAAAUUAACCAGACAAUCGCCGAGAAAGAUCUACCUGAUGGGUCGUGCUUGAGCCGCGUAGUAAAAUUAAAAACCUCGUCCCACGCUGGGCCAAGUUCAGCGCCUGUACACCCGUGUGAGUAUGUAGGCAGUUUCUUAGUGGCCGGAAGUGACCAAGCAUCACGUGCUGAGUUUGUCCGGAUUCAGCUCGAGAACAUGAGGGGAACUCGUCGGCGGAAACCAGUGGUGUUAGUGAUAUCUUUGUCGGGUGUGAAGGUGUGCAGUUUGGACGGCAAG